AUGCUCAUGACCGUGAACCCUUCUUCAGCAUUGCGACACACACAAAGAGGCACCAACUACAACCUCCGCUCCCAACACCAACACGACCCCGACUCCGCUAUUGAUCUCCCCGACUCGGCCUCGGCCUCGUUGGCCCGCUCUAACGGCGAUCGCAACAUCCUCAAAUCCGCAUAUAGCACCAACAUGAACGGCAUAAUAGGUUCUGCCCCACAGGGCACUAUAUAUGUGAGGGCUCUCUAUGACUACGAAGCUGACGACCGGACGAGUCUUAGCUUCCACGAGGGCGAUGUUAUCCAAGUCAUUACUCAACUGGAGAGCGGCUGGUGGGACGGCGUGAUAAACGGGGUUCGAGGCUGGUUCCCGAGUAACUACUGCCAGAUAAUCACAGGUCCUGACGAGGUUCCGGAAGUUGCGCAGAAUGGAACAAUCGCGGCACAAGAAGAUGACUUCGAGGAUCAGGUCCGGUAUGAAGAAGAGGAGUUCGACGACGAGACCGAGUCGGACCAGGAUGAUUUUAAUGGCCUCCCCUUGGAAGGAACCAUCUCCAGCAGCACGAAAUCAGGAGGCGCAGACUUCUGGAUACCUCAAGCGACCCGCGAUGGAAGACUGUUCUACUACAACACCAUGACUGGCGAGAGCAGCAUGGAGCUACCGUUGGAAUCGCCAACAUCCAUCAAUGAAUCUGGACCGCGGGAUCGAAUGAACGUGAACAUGCCAGAAAAGACACGACCACCGCCAGAGAUGAUGGCAAGAGGACUCACGCAGGACGAAGACGAAGACUCGGAAGCAACCUCAGCAUCGGAGAUGGAUGGCGAAUCAAUCAUGAUGGCGUCCAGGGGUUCCAUGUCCUCGCGAGCACGACGCGCCUAUGCAAAUGAUGGCGUUGCCAUUGGAAUUUCCCCGGCACCUUCAAUGGACUCCAUGAACGGCGCAUCUCCGAUAACCCGUAUCAGAGGGGAUACCUUUAUCAACACAAACGUCCCCAUGGCCCUUGGAACUGGUCAAACACCUAUGCUAGCUUCAGCUACCUCGUUUACUGGCGCUAGCUUCAGCUUGCCACAAGCUGCCACGAUACCUCGCUCCUUCUUUGACGACGGAUCUACCUAUCCUCUGACAUGGACCAGGCUAGUUACGGAUAUGAAGAAGGCCAUCGACCGAUAUCGCGAUGCCAUCACGAGCAACAAUCGUUCCGAAUACGUAAGCCGCGCCGAGGACAUUUCGGAUCAUCUCCGCUUGCUGUUGGCUGCCGGCUCAGGGACCACAGAUAACCACUCGGGUCAGCCAUCCAUCAUCUCCACCAACAAGGCUCUAUAUCCACAUUUUAGAGACAUGAUGUCCAAGUUCUCCAAGCUAGUCAUCUCGUCCCACAUAGCCGCUGCAGACUGGCCGAAUGCCGAGUCCGUCCAAAAGUGCAUGCAAGAGGCGGACGGUGUCUUGAUGGGUGUAUUCAGCUUUGUCGAGGUUGCCAAGCAACAACGGGGAGAGGACAUUCCAAGACUAUUUCCUGGCUUCGUCAUCGGAAGCACAGUAGGUGGCAGUUGGCAGAACAACGGGCUUGGUCCUCGUGACCCCAUUACCUCAAACUUCCUCGACGACGAGCAGGAAGGGCUUGUUGAGCCAACCGCUGUGCUGGAUGGCAAGCUUUUGGAAAGGUUGGAUGAGCAAAAGAGGAUGCUGGUCUCCAGCAUCAGGGAACUUGAGAAAAACUUGACAGUCACAGAAAAGAUCAUCACCCCGUACAAGCAUGAAAUUAUUGGCAACAACAUCUGCGUAGCUGGUGGCAAGGUCAUGGAAACAUUCAAGCUUUGGGUCCAGAUGAUCGAGUCUAUCGACCUCUCGACGCUUGGGAACAACUUUCAGACACCCCAACUGGCCGACUACAGCACCUACAAGCAGAGCCUGUAUGAUAAUAUAUCGGAUCUCAUACUAGGAUGUCAGGCUGUCGCUGGCCCUCUUGGUGACGAGUGGGCUGAAGUACGGGGCGAAUCAUUGGAAGCUCGCCUUAAAUAUGUCGAACAAUGUGCACGUGCUCUGGAACAGAACUCUUCCCACAUCGGAUUCUCAUUGCAGCUUCUGUCAGAACAGGUCGCCGUCGCCUCCGUACAGAACAAUCAGUUCCGAGACGACACAUACCAGCGCGAGCAGCUCAGGAGAGGCGAGACUAUGCCAUAUAACCCGAUACAUUCCCGCACGGAGUCACGCACUAUGGCCAUGGGUGGUCGGCCGCCACUCGUCGCGUCGCAGUCAUUUACUGAAGGGGAUACCCCGACCAACAACUAUAGAAAGGGUGAUUUGUCAAAAGUGAGGAAGAUUUUGGGAGACGACCCCACGCCACAAGGCUCUAUACAACAAGCGGAGGAGAUGCCCCUGUUCUUGCGCCUCGAUCUUGAAAGCGAGUUGUCUUGGGACCUCAAAGCAUCCCCUCCUGCUGUCAAGGGUGGUACUCUGCUAGCUCUAGCAGAGCAGCUCACUCGCCACGACAAGCUAGACUCGAACUUCAACAACACUUUCCUACUAACAUAUCGCUCAUUCACAAGUGCACGUGAGCUGUUUGAGCUCCUAGUACAGCGCUUUAACAUACAACCCCCCGAGGGCCUUAGCAAUAGCGACUUCGACGUGUGGCGGGAUCGCAAGCAAAAGCCUAUUCGUUUCCGAGUUGUCAACAUUAUGAAGAGUUGGUUCGAUAAUUUCUGGCUGGAAGAGAACAACGAUGAGUCAAAGCACCUUAUCCGUGAUGUGUACCAGUUCGCGCGGGACACCGUCAAGUCCACAGAGACACCCGGUUCUGCACCACUAAUGGCGGUGCUCGACCAACGGUUGAGUGGCAAAGAGAUUUCUUCGAAACGACUAAUUCAGACUUUCAACAACAAUGUCCCUGCGCCUAUCAUGCCCAAGAACAUGAAGAAGCUCAAAUUUCUGGACAUUGACGUUACCGAGUUUGCUCGUCAACUAACCAUUAUUGAGUCCAAACUAUACGGCAAGAUUAAACCUUCUGAAUGUCUUAAUAAGACAUGGCAGAAAAAGGUCGGCGAAGGCGAACCUGAGCCGGCUCCGAACGUGAAGGCUCUAAUUCUCCAUUCUAAUCAAAUGACCAAUUGGGUGGCCGAAAUGAUCCUAGCUCAGAUGGAUGUCAAGAAGCGCGUGGUGGUCAUCAAACAUUUCGUUUCGGUUGCUGAUAAAUGCCGUACGCUUAACAAUUUCUCUACACUAACCUCGAUCAUUUCUGCCCUUGGUACAGCGCCGAUUGCCCGCCUCAAGAGAACUUGGGACCAGGUGCCGGCUCGCACUCAGGCCACGCUUGAGACGAUGCGCCGACUGAUGGCCAGCACGAAGAAUUUUGGUGAAUACCGCGAGGCUCUACAUGCGGCCAACCCGCCAUGCAUUCCUUUUUUUGGCGUAUACUUGACAGAUCUGACUUUCAUUGAGGAUGGUAUUCCAUCGAUUAUCAAGAAGACUAAUUUGAUCAACUUCGCCAAGCGUGCAAAGACUGCCGAGGUGAUCAGAGAUAUCCAGCAAUAUCAGAAUGCGCCAUACUCUCUCCACCCAGUCCCAGAUCUACAAGACUAUAUACUGUCCAACAUGUCGGCUGCUGGAGAUGUACAUGAGAUGUACGACAAGAGUUUGGUUGUAGAGCCACGCGAGCGUGAAGACGAAAAGAUUGUGAGGUACGUGGCAUUGCGGUCGCAACAAAUGGCAGCACUGCAGGGCCAACUAUCCUAUGGUUGA